UCCCCACUCGGAGGCGUGCUCCUCUUUUGCAGCGGCCAGUCCCAGUCGGGAGAGGAGCAGCUUGCGGGGAGGCCGUCUGGGUUAGGACUGAAAGUGACUUGGUUACUUUGCUCACUUCACCUCCUCUUCGCCUCCUUUAGGUCCUACCUGAGGUGCCCCUGACCAUCCCUGUUCCCCACCCCACCCCGGAUCCCGGCAAUGCUAACCGCUGUCUGCGGCUCUCUGGGCAGCCAGCACACGGACGCGCCUCACGCCUCCCCGCCGCGCCUCGACCUGCAGCCUCUCCAAACAUACCAGGGCCACACGAGCCCGGAGGCCGGGGACUACCCCUCCCCGCUGCAGCCUGGAGAGCUGCAGAGCCUCCCGCUGGGCCCUGAGGUGGACUUCUCACAGGGCUAUGAGCUGCCGGGGGCCUCCUCUCGGGUAACCUGCGAGGACCUGGAAAGCGACAGUCCCUUGGCCCCGGGACCCUUUUCCAAGCUCCUGCAGCCGGACAUGUCCCACCAUUACGAAUCGUGGUUCCGGCCAACUCACCCAGGCACUGAGGAUGGCUCCUGGUGGGACCUUCAUCCGGGCACCAGCUGGAUGGACCUCCCCCACACUCAGGGCGCGCUCACCUCGCCUGGCCACCCCGGGGCGCUUCAGGCUGGCUUGGGGGGCUACGUCGGAGACCACCAGCUUUGCGCACCGCCUCCCCACCCGCACCCGCACCACCUCCUCCCAGCCGCCGGAGGGCAGCACCUCCUGGGGCCUCCCGACGGGGCCAAGGCCUUGGAAGCGGCCGCCCCGGAGUCCCAGGGGCUGGAUUCCAGUCUGGACGGAGCAGCCCGGCCCAAAGGCUCCCGGCGGUCAGUGCCCCGCAGCUCAGGCCAGACCGUGUGCCGCUGCCCCAAUUGCCUGGAGGCGGAGCGACUGGGGGCUCCGUGCGGGCCCGACGGGGGCAAGAAGAAGCAUUUGCACAAUUGCCACAUCCCGGGCUGCGGGAAAGCCUACGCCAAGACGUCGCACCUGAAGGCGCACCUGCGCUGGCACAGCGGCGACCGUCCCUUCGUGUGCAACUGGCUCUUCUGCGGCAAGCGCUUCACGCGCUCCGACGAGCUGCAGCGCCACCUCCAGACCCACACGGGCACCAAGAAGUUCCCCUGUGCCGUCUGCAGCCGCGUCUUCAUGCGCAGCGACCACCUGGCCAAACACAUGAAAACCCACGAGGGCGCCAAGGAGGAGGCUGCCGGGGCGGCCGCGGGCGAGGGCAAGGCCAGCGGAGCGGUGGAGCCCGCCGGGGGCAAAGGCAAGCGGGAGGCCGAGGGCGGCGCGGCUCCCUCCAACUGAGCUCCUCCGGUACCGCCCCCCCCCCAUUGGUCUCCCCUGGGGGCAUCCGAAGAGCUUUCCUCCUGGCCUGAUGCCUUUGGGGGGCGACUUGAGGAAGAGGGGAAGGUGGUUAUUUAUUGAGGGGGAGGAAAAGUGGUGCCGGGUCGGGGAGACGGGGCGCUAGGUAGGGGUGUUUUGGUCUCGGGGCCGGACGAAAAGUGGCUAGGCUGGGGGGAGCUGCGCAUGCCCCUCUGUCCCCC